UAGACUUGAUCUCAAACUGGACUCAAUCUGAAACUAUUUGGUUUUUUUUUCAGUGUGUUCCUAUGGCACUAGACGACAUUUAUUGGCUAUGCAGGCUAUGUCCGUUCAAAAGAAUCGGGAGUCUAAUAUCUUCGAAAAAAAGCCAGUAGAGACAACAGUCGAAUGGGGGCGUGGUCCCCGAGCGGGCGACCGCCUCCCAACAGUCGUUAGUCUGCUCAGUCGAAAUGUGCCGAACUCCGCGAGGAACGAGGUGAAAACAGCAUUCAUUCGAUACGAAAAGUCUAUGAACGAAUUGGCCAGAAGUGCCCGGAAGCUAUAUAGGAAUGCCCGGCUAAGGAGUUUGCCGUUGAGGAAACCCAUGAGCGGAAAAACCAAUGACCCUGAAGCAAGACCCCUAAGAGUACCGGUGCCCAGUGCUUGGGCAAUGUCCGAGCGGUAUUGUCCCUCUGGAAAAUAGCUGGCAGAAGAUGAAGCGAUGAGUGUAAUUUUACUUAAGUCUAUAUAUUUGUUUUAUCCAAGUAUAGUUUUCGCUAAAAAUUGUGCAACAUUUUUAAAUGUGUUAUUUUAUUUUAUUUGCUUUAUCCAAAAAUAUAUUUUCUAAAAACGGUAUAAAUAAUAUUUAUAAAAUUUGGUUUGCUUUUCCGAAAAGUCACAAUUAAAAGAGAGUUCUGUAAUGGGGUCUAAUGAUACAAGUCAGGAUCGAGUCUGGAUCUGUUGUGAUUUGCUCCCAUUUCGGGAUAUUUU